AUGGCCGCUACCACGACUGUCAAGGUCCCUCACCUGGGUGGCAUUACCGUCGGCUACCGCGUUUCCGGGGAAAGAAUCAACCCUGCAAAGCCCACCGUGGUCCUCAUCAACUCCAUGUGCACGACGUCGUCUCUGUUCAACGUGCAAUUUGAGAACAAGGCCCUCACCGAUGUCACCAACCUCCUUGCCAUCGAGCCGCUUGGCCACGGUGCCACCAGCUCUCCGUCGGAACAGUUCACUUACUGGGACACCGCAACAAUGGCCUUGCAGGUCAUGGACGCCUUGAACGUCCCCAAGGCGUUCGCUCUUGGCACCAGCCAAGGUGGGUGGAUGGUUGUGCGUAUGGCGCUUCUCGCGCCAGACAGGAUCCUGGGCUUGCUGCCUCUCGGUAGCUCAAUGGAUUACGAGUCUGCGGCGUCCCGUGAGAAGGGUUGCUGGGACCCGAAAACCCAACUGGCCCCUUUCUAUGAGGCCUGGUCUAGCCCCGUGCCUACCCCGGACUUCGUCGUCGACGAGGUCUGGCGCGGCAUGGUUGCGAAGCUGGGGUUCUCCAGCACCGUCACAGCGGAGACCCUAUCCUUUUGGGACGAAACCCUCAAGGCCGUGUACUCGGGUGAUGAGGGCCGGAAGAAGCUCCGCAUGGCUCUGAUCAAUCUCCUUGAGAGGGAUGGGCUGCUGCUUCGACUGAGAGACAUCAAGUGCCCCGUCUACUGGCUCCACGGUGUUGAGGACCCGGUGUUUGGGCGUCCGGUAGCAGAAGAGCACAUCAAAUUGUUUACAAACGCGCCCGAGGCGACGCUGGAUUUUGUCGAAGGAGGCGGCCAUUACCUCAACGCAACCAGUCCAAAGGAGGUGGACGCAGCAAUCCUCAAGAUGGUGCAGAAAUAUGCGCCAUAG